UUAGUGAAACACUUUUUUUAAAACAAGUAUACUCUCACCCCAAAAUCAUUUUUUGUUGUCAUCUGAAAAUUUACUAAGACUUUUGAAAGAUACAUUUGAGGAAUACAAAACCGGGGAAAAUGGAGACAUCACAAAAUACAUGUUUUCAAUCCAAAGAGAAGGUCUAGGAGGGACUCAUCAUCCGAGGAUGAGGAGGAACGAGUGCGCCAUUGCCCCUGAAAGCAAGAGGACCGGCAAAAAUACCACAAUUGGUUUUCAGGGUUUAUCAUUCUACACUCAGAAUCAAAAUACCCUCGACUUCUUCACCACCGUCGUUAACGCCGCCUGCUCCGUCGGCAUAAACACAAAGCUUCAACUUUCAGGGUUUUCUCUUCAUCUCCCUCUCGGAGCUAUGGGUUGGAAAGCUGCUGAGAAACUCAUCAGACACUGGAAGAUACUUCGAGGGGACAAUGUAAUGAUAAUUCGUGGGAAAGAUAAGGGCGAGACUGGAACCAUAAAGCGCGUUAUCCGAUCCCAAAAUCGUGUCAUUGUUGAAGGAAAGAAUUUGAUCAAGAAGCAUAUAAAGGGAGGCCCUGAUCACGAAGGUGGAAUUUUCACAGUAGAGGCUCCUCUUCACGCCUCAAAUGUCCAAGUUGUUGAUCCAGUCACUGGGAGGCCUUGUAAGGUUGGUGUAAAGUACCUAGAGGAUGGAACAAAAGUAAGAGUAGCCAGAGGCACAGGCACAUCUGGUUCCAUAAUUCCUCGACCAGAGAUUCUAAAGAUAAGGGCUACUCCAAGACCCACUACUGCUGGCCCUAAGGACACACCAAUGGAGUUUGUCUGGGAGCAAACAUAUGAUGCUAAAACAGGAAAGGGCAUGCCUGAUCUUUGAGCAAACCUCUUCACAGCCUAAUAAAAAGGAUUCUUCUUUUUGUCCCCUCCAUUUUAGUUUGAUUUGGGUCAAGAGCUGUGAGAUAAGGUGUGAGGUUUUGUUGAAGAACCUUUGAUCCUGACAGAAACGGAGUCGUUUUCGUUUUUUUUACUUCAUUGAUCUUGUGAACUUUUCAAGGUGUCAAAUAAAAACCAUUGGGAAAA